AUGGCUGCUGGAGAUUCACACAAUUACAAGUUUGUGACCGUUCAAUCCAGGUAAAACAAUAAUUUUUUAGGCGUUUAUUUUGAAUUCGAACAGGACUAUUAAGCUUUAAAGAAGCAUUAGAAUUUAUUUUAGCUAUUAUUAUUAUUUUUUUAGUUUUUAAUUUGUUUAUCUUGAAAAAACAUUAACUGACCUAUGUUAUUUUAGUAUGGGAACGUUUGUGAUUGAAUUAUAUUGGGAACACGCGCCUAAAACCUGCCAAAACUUUGCUGAGUUAGCCAGAAGAGGUUAUUACAAUAACACAAUUUUUCAUCGCAUCAUCAGCGAGUUUAUGAUUCAAGGAGGAGAUCCAACUGGAACAGGUAAUGAUUUCUUAUAUUGUUUUUGUUUUAGGUGAAGCUUCUAGAAAGAUAAUUGGUUUCUAGACUUGAAAUAUUGAAGAUGAAGGUAUUUUUAACCUGUUAGGAAAUAUUGGGCUGAAUUACGCAGUUAAUAACAUAGUUACGGCUUAUAAUGUUGUAGUAUGGGGGCGAAGAGUGUUGUGGUUGAUAUUAGCUGUAACUUUUUUUAAGAAAUAGCUGUUGCCUUUGAAUUUUUAGGGAAUGUGGCUUGGCUUUCGGUUUAGCUACUGCAAAAGGAAGCCUUUAAAAGUUUGCAAUUUGCACAAUAUUACAGUAAUUUCACUGUAUCUAUAUUGUUAGGAAGGUUUAUAUGGUUUUUUAAUGAAAAGUAAUAUUUUGAGUAUGUUUUGAAGCUAAAUUUGAAUUUAUUUAAACAUUUUUGAUUGUAACAGUUACUUUUAUUAAUGUCUUAAGGGAAUUUCAAUACAAAUUGCUUUAGGCAGAGGAGGAACAUCAAUUUACGGAGCCAGAUUCGAAGAUGAAUUGGAUGCAAGGCUGAAGCACACUGGAGCCGGUAUUGUAUCUAUGGCAAAUUCCGGCCCAAACACGAAUGGAUCACAGUUCUUCAUAACGUUAGCACCAACACAACAUUUGGAUGGGAAACAUACGAUCUUUGGCAGGAUAAACUCUGGCAUGAAGGUGAUUCAGAAGAUGGGUAAUGUGGAAACUGACGCGAAUGAUAAGCCGAUUCAAGAAAUCAGGAUUAUCAAGGCUUCUCCUUCUGAUGAUGGCUUUGCUUAA